AUGUUGGUGGUGGCUGAUUUGAUUGAUGGGGAUAUAAUGACUUGGGCUACUGAUUUUAUGAGGGAACUCUUUACGGAAGGUGAAGUGGAGAGGAUGGCUUCUAUCCCUCUUAGUAUUCGUGGCGUCGAGGACUGCUUGGUUUGGCACUAUGACAAGAAAGGAUUUUAUCAGGUUCGAAGUGGUUACCACGUGUAUAACACAGCAAUGAGUAAUAAAGAUUGUGCAUCAACUUCAUCUGGGGAAGAUGGUGGUGUUAGUAGUAAGUACUGGAGCAAGGUCUGGGGUGCACAAAUUCAUCCCAAAGCUAAGUCUUUUGUAUGGAGACUUUUGAAGAAUAUUCUACCUACAAAAGCAGCCCUAUUGCAACGUAGAGUUGCUUUGGUCAACCAUAAUUGCAUGUUUUGCAUGGGAGCGACAGAAACAGGUACACAUUUAUUCAAAUCUUGUCAUGCUUUGCAUUGUUUUUGGUUGUUUGGACCACUUAGAUUGCAUGUGAGUGCGCACCCAGCCAAAAGUGUUCGUGAUUGGGUGUUGGACAUGAUUGACUUACUAGAGGUGGACCAACAGGAUUUUUUCUUUAUGGGCUUAUGGGCCAUCUGGGCUGAGCGUAAAAAUAUGGUCUGGAAAGGUGCUAAUUUCCAGUCAAUGAAUAUGCUUCACUGGACUACCAAAAUGCUAGAUGAUUUUCAGAAGUAUCACCAAAAGCCAGUCAAGAAGCAGAAGAGACCGUUGACUAAGUGGAAAAAUCCUCCUAGUGGUCGACUUAAAAUUAAUGUUGAUGGGGCCUUCAGACCGGAAGAUGGGAAUGGAGGUAUUGGGGUAGUAGUCAGAAAUGAUGCUGGUAUGGGUAUUGCUGUUUUGGCUAGACCUUUUCUACUUGCACACUCGGUCUUAAAUAUGGAAGCGGAGGCGUGUAGUCUACUUCUUGGGAUCCACCAAGGUUGGGCUGACAUAGAUGUUGAAAGCGACUCUGCCAUUCUGAUUGCUGCUCUCAAUAGGGGGAGAAGAAUCUCUCAGAGGUAA